AUGUCCUACCAAAUCACCUACGACACUACCCGCGCACCACCCGGCGCCGCCGCACUCGUCGCAUUCAUGGAAGACUUCUACCGCACCAGCGACACAGAGUCCCUGCACGAGAAAUACGUCCAGAGCUUCACUGAAGAUGGGACACUUAUCAUGGGACCGAAGGAGGCUAAGGGCGCAAGUGCAAUUCUCGCCCUCCGUCAUGGUCUGUGGGCACAUGUUACUUCACGUCGACACACGCCUAUGCAGAUCUACUUCGGCGGCGACGAUGAGAUCAUGUUGUAUGGUGGCGUGAACUAUAGACUCAAGGCUAACCCCGAUGAGGAUGUUUAUGUGCCUUGGGCCGGACGGGUUGUGUUUGCACCCCAGAAGGGGGAUGAGGAUAUCAAGAUGCAGUUUUAUCAGGUUUAUCUGGAUACUGCGGCUCAAUCGGGAAAGAAAUGA